AUGAUGGCCACGAGUAUGGGCCCAAACUUUCAGGGCCAUCCCGCCGGCAUGGGACACCCAGGUGUAUCUGGUCAUCCUAUGGGUCCCGGCAUGAGUGCGAACGGUGGACAGCCAGGCACGCCUGGGGGUGGCAUGCCUCACCAGUUUGCUGGCAACCCUAUGGCUGGUGGCAACCCCGGCGGUAUGAACCCGGCUAUGAUGGCCGCCAUGCAGCAGCACGGCGGAAACCCCAAUAUGGUCUCGUUCCAGCAUUUGAAUCCCGCCCAGCAGCAAGCGUUGCAGCAGCAGCAACUGCAAAACCAAUUCGGCAACCAGCCCAUGGCUCAGAUGCGCCAACAACAACUACUCGCCCAGCAGCAGCGACAGGCCUUGAUGGCGCAGCAGGCCAUGGCCCAGAACGGUGGCAUGGCUCCAAACAACAUGGGCGCGAAUGGCAUGGCUGCCAACGGCAUGCCGAUAGGUAUGCAGUUGACACAACAGCAGGUGGCACAGCUGCGGCAGGGUGGUCAAAUUGGUCCCAUGCAGCACAACCAGCAGGCACUCAUGGCACGACAAAUGGCCCUGCAGCAACAGCACGCCGCGGCGCAAAAUCAGAUGCAGCAGGGUGGGCAUAAUGCGCAGCAAAUGCAGAUGAACGCGCAAGUCCUGCAACACUUGCAACAGCAGCAAGCCCAGCAGCACCAAGGCGGCCCCAAUGCACAGGUACAAAUGGCGGGGCAGCAAGGGCAACAGCAGGGCCAGCAGGGCCAGCAGGGCCAACAGAACCAGCAAGGUCAACAACCAGGCCAACAGGGUCAACAGCCCCAAGGCCAGGGCCAACCUGGUCAGCAACAAGCUCAGGCCCAAGCUCAAGCCCAGGCCCAAGCCCAGGCCCAGGCUCAGCAGCAGGCUCAGCAGCAGGCUCAGCAGCAGGCUCAGCAGCAGGCUCAGCAGCAAGCGGCUGGCCAAGCCCAGCAGCGACAACAAACGCCUGCACAGGGCUCGCAAGCUGGCACUCCUGCACCUACCGGUCAGCAUACGCCGCAGCAGACACCUGCACCUGGACCCAACGCCGCGCAGACGCCUCAUCCUCAACCACACCAAAAUCCUGGUCAACCGCCACAGCAGGGCCAACAACAGCAGCAGCAGCAGCAGCAACCUGGCCACCAAGCUCAGCAGCAACAAGGUCACCAGCCUCAGCAGCAAGCGCAACCCCAGCAGCAUCCCAUGAUGGCGCAACACAUGAACGCCCUCGCUGCUCAGCAGAUGGCCAUGAACAAUAGCCUGAUGCAACGCCGAGAACACAUCAAGGCCCAAUGCCUGAUGAGGCUUUCCCAGCUAAGCGAGCAGCUAAGCGGCUAUCCGGGAGCUCGAAGCAGAGAUGACCUGAGCUACUGGAACGAGCUGGUCGGACGUUUUUUUUCGAGGGCAGCCAAUUUCCGCCACACUCUCCAUGCGAGCGCUGAAGGUGAAGACACUGGUCCUCGCCAGUAUGACAUUACCUUCCCGGCCAUUGCUCGAUACUUCCACACCCACUUUGGUAGCGGCGUCAAGUCUAUGCAGCUUACACUGGGCCAAGGAACCGUCGAUAGACCUGUCGGUGGCGACAGCUACCUGAUCGAGAACCCCAAAGCCAGCCUCAUCUACUGGUUUGAGACGGGGUCGCACCUGGUGUCGAGUGGCAGUCUGAGGGUUCUAUUUGACGGCGAACAGAAAAUGGAACUGUUUGAGUUUUUGGCCACCAGCCACGAAGAGUUCAUCGCCCGCAAGCAGGUUAUUAAUGCUGCAAAACCUGCGCAUAACUGGAUGAAGGAGUGGCACAAGGUCAAUUCGACAGAUACUAAACAGUCUCCAGAAAUGUCCAAGAAGGGCAAGGGCAAGCAGCUCAAAUCGCCGCAAAGGGAGCCACCCGAGGUCCUCAACGAUUUGCCUGAUUCAGCCGUCAACAGACAGGGUGUGACCGAAGCGGUCUACCAGUUCCUAGAGAUAAACGAAGUCAUGGGCCAGAUGAAUCCGCUAUUCAACUUCACGCACAACAACCCCGGCCUUGGCCCUUAUUCUGCUCUCGACCAAUACGUCUCGAGCAUGAACGCACCCCAGGGACAGAUGAACGGCCAAGUACCCCAAGGUGUCCCGAGAACCCCCAGCUUCAGCCAGUUUCCCAUGGGAGCUAGUCCGGCUGCGGCCAACAUGAACCUUCCCGGCUCACCCCACGUUGGCAGCCCAGCCCCCGGCCAGAUUCAGGCCCCUGGCAUGCAACUCCAGCAGAGCCAGCAAGGAACCAGCUCGAGUGGGCCAAGUGCCAACACAUCGCCGGCCUCGAACAAGCGCAGACGACCCUCAGCCGUUAAGAUUGAAGAGGACGGCUCUGGAGCGGGAACACCGGGAUCCCAAGUAAACGGUACCGGGAACAGGAACAAGCCAGCGACUCCACGCAUGCCCAAGCGCGUCAAGGCGAACCCGUCAUGA